GCCAAGACAUGGCAACAAGUGAGCGCCAGCAACCCCUUCGAGCGGUACUACCACUCUGCUGUCAUGGACAUGCAGCAGCGGAUGUGGAUAUUUGGUGGUAAUGCUGAUGAUGAUGAUGAUGGUACUCGAAGCUGGAAUGAUUUGCGUUACUUUGACACCCAGGGGGGUGCAGUUGGCACGACCACUCCGUCGGCAAACGGCUUAAUUGCAGAGAUCAUUGAUGAUGAGGCCGGGACAUGGCAAUACGUGACUGCCAGCAACCCACCCGCCGAGCGGGAAGCCCCGGCGGUCAUUGAUGCGCAGCAGCGCAUCUGGAUUUUCGGUGGUGAACGGUCUGCAGGCCGCUAUCAAGGAGUCGAUAAAGGGAAGGCCUUCUUCAAUGAUCUGCACUACUUUGACACCCAGGCCAGCACAUGGCACGAAGUCACUGCCAGCAAUGCCCCCUCCAUGCGCACUGGUCACACCAGCGUCAUUGAUGCGCAGCGGAUUUGGGUUUUUGGUGGCUAUUAUUAUGAGUCCGGUCUCCGUUUUGACCGCUUCAAUGAUUUGCACUACUUUGACAUCCAGGCCAAGGUGUGGCAAGAAGUCUCUGGCCAAAACACCCCCUCCAAGCGUUGCUACCACACAGCUGUCAUGGACGCAAAGCAGCGGAUGUGGAUCUUUGGGGGCUCGGGCGACGGUCGUGGCCCCAAAGUCAAAGCCAAGAAAUUUUUGCUGCGAGAUGUCUGGGACAAAAAGUCAGCCAAGACGUGGCAAGAGGUGAAAGCCAGCAACCCGCCUCGCCCGGGAGUCAAGCACACCGCUGUCAUGGACGCGCAGCAGCGGAUGUGGAUUUUUGGUGGUCUUGGUAGCUCAGGCCAGGCCAAGACAUGGCAAGAGGUGAACGCCAGCAAUGCGCCCUCCAAGACGUUGUUUGGCCACACGGCUGUCAUGGACGCGCAGCAGCGGAUGUGGAUAUUCGGCGGUGGCGGUUGCGUGACGCAAGAGAGCUUUAGGCGCCGCUGCGUCAAUCCUGGGAUCCGUGCGGUGGCUGAAGAAGCAGCCUUAUCUUGCGCGAGGUUUGUUCGUGCGCUGGGCAAUCUGGACGGGACGCUGGGGACUGGCAGCGGUGGAGGUGAGCGCGAUUGCGGAGAAGGGCGUCCUGAGAGAGAUCGUGACAGGGACAGACGUUCCUACCGGGAGCAUUGCCCACGGGAACGCAGCCCCACCGAGGAAGAAACAGUUGAAGAAAGUGAGGAAGAGCAGCCCAGGCAGAAGGACAUAGAAGUGAAGGUAGAGCAAAAGGAAGAGAGGAGUUCAAGGAGGAGCGAACCUCCCCCGGAACCUUCAAGACCACCAUCUUGGAAGGCGGACGUUGAGGUGGUAGAUCCUCCACUAGGGGGUAUACCGCCCACGCUAGAGGAGAUUGCGGCAUCACUGGAAAGCAGGCCCGCGCCUGCAGCCCGAGUGAAAUACGAUGUGGAAGAGGCUCUUUUUUGGCAGAGAAGAGCGCUCCCACUCGGCUCUGUCCUGCUAGUUGCUUCUCCUUUCUCCAAGGAAGAAGAUCCACUCCAGCUAGCAGUGAUGGUGGUAGAGGUGGACUCCCAGAAAGAAGGAGUCUGGUGCAGAGUGAAGGUGGUGGGUGCAUCCACCAGUGCAGAAAAGAAAGAGGCAGACAAGUACUUCAAGGGCUUCAGAAGAGAAGUCCACAUCUGCUACCCCGACGCAGUGGUAGCCAGUGGCAAGAAGCUGGAGGCCGACGCGCAAAGGCCCCGCGCUUCAGCUGCUGGGAAGGAAGCUAGUCGAGGAGAGGUCACGCCUUCCUUUGUGGAGAAGAGAUUGGGUGCACUCCGAGGCAGGGGCUCAGAGUUACCUUUGCCGACGACAAGGAGGCGGGAAGGAUCCCGGCUGGAGCCUGGGGGUGGAGCUGGUGGUACGCACCCUCGCUCUCCCUCACGUGCGGUGGUGAAGGCCGUGGAGAUCAAGAAGGAGGUCGAGAUGAUCAGAGACGAUUCAUCGUCCCACCAGACGGGGCGGAAGAAGCCACGAGACAUGGGCAAGACACUUGCCAGCGGCCCGUCUUCGAUCAGCUGCGGACGAGGCGAAGGAGGAAAAGAAGAAGAGAGGAGGAGCAGGUCACGCUCACAUGGCCGUCGGCGGAGGAAGAGGCGGCACAGCUCAUCCAGCUCGCAGAGCAAGGCCUCCUCCCGCCACCAGUCCAGCAGCAGCGACGACAACCUCAUGGCGCUGCUCAAAAAGCGAUCGAUGAGGGCCCCAGGAUCUGCCUGCAAUGCGGUCGAAAGGCUCUCUGCAGACGGCAUAGUCGAGGAAGGGUACGAGGCUUCAGGGCUUCGGCACCAGAGGCCCAAGCUGCUGACCUACUAUCAGCUCAUCCUCAAACCUCAUCUCGACCCAAGAGGUCGCGACGCCCGAGAGCUGGCCGUGUUGGCUCGGGCUCUCGACCUGCUGCGGGAGGGGAGGUUAGCCGAGCUGAGCGAUGUGCUCGCAGCUCGGCUUCUCGCCAUAGCCAUAGACACCUCCACGCGGCAGGGUUGGGAGACCUAUCUCCUGGCUUCAGACCCCGCCUUUCAAACCUUUGAGGGGCCUGGUCGUGAGAGUCCCGCUCUUAGGUGCUCGAAUCUUGUGGAUUUUGGUAUUUUGCUGGCAUGGGGUUACAGAGCUGGUCUUGUCGUCUUUGCGGACCGUGCUGAACCCACACGAGCUCCUCGCCACAGGCGGCGUAGCUUGUUUCCCCUGCCAGUGCCUAUGCCGGAAUCGGCGAGUUGGGACGUCGCUGGCAUCCGCCGUGCGAGUAGCAGAAGCGUCUACCCCAACGAAUGUGGUGGUACGGUAUACCUGGAUAACUUCAUGUCCGGUCACGUGGGAGGUGCAGGUGAACUUGGAGGGGGCAGAGAACUUCAAGCAGCAGCUAUGCACGCCUGGGAGUCUGCAGGAGUGCUUACAACCAAGGAUAAGCAGGUGGUUGGUGCCCGCAAUGCUACAGAGUUGGGUGUGAGGAUCGACGGAGUCAAGGGACUGCUGGGAGGCUCUCCCGAGCGUGUCCUGAAGACUAUCUAUGUGACUUUGCACCACCUUGGACGUAGCUUCUGGAGCAAGAAGGAAACUUUUGGAGAUCCUGGGCAUGGUCGAAGAGGUAAAGAAGAGCACAGGGACUUUGAAGACAUUCGAUGCCCACUAUGCGGCGAUAGCUUCUCAGUAGCGUCUUUUGCCAUUAUUGCAAGUGCACUGCGCUCUGAGCUGGCUCCACGUAUGAGCCCGGCGCAGAUUGUGCAGCGCUUGGGGUUGGCACCUGGUGCCACCAUACACCCGUCUGUGGCAGUGCCAAUUGGAGGUGAUCCUUUGGUGGAUCACAUGCAGGACUAUACUGUCUCAGCGCGGACAAAAGCCCGAUAUGAGAAGGCAGUGAGCCGUAUCCUACCUUUCUUGGAAGCUCAGGAUUCACUCGCUGACUUGGAUGGAGUCGUUUGCGACUGGAUCGAGCUUCAAUGGGCCCGAGGGGAGUCCAUUGGCAUCCAUUGGCUGGAUUGCAGAUGCGUUGAGCGGAUUGCAUUUUUUCUGGCCUGCGCUUCGCGGAACCCUCAGGAAUGCAUGGAAGAUGUUCAAAUCUUGGUGCCGUAUAGAGGCCCCACAGAGGGCUCCUCCAAUGACCCUUGUGAUAGCCCAGGCGGUGGUAGAGGUGAGUUCCUAGCCCUUCAGUACAAAGAUAUUGAGGUAGCAGAAACCUGUGGUAUCGUCACACUCCUCAGCAGCAAGAGUGGCCUCCGCACAGGAGGCAUUGAUGAGUUGCACUAUUUUGAUAUCCAGGCCACGCUUUUU